AUGGGUCUGCUUGCGCUCGGAACUCCCCUCGAUUGGCCCGAAGCAAAGAAGAAAGCCGACCAGGUGCGACAAUGGGGAAUUGAGCAACUUUUGGCAAACUGGCAGCGAUGCAAGGGUAAGGAGCGAGAUGCCCUUCUAUGGGGAGACGAGGUCGAAUAUCUGGUAGUCGCUCUCGAUGACGCGGCUAAGAAGGCCCGGCUAUCACUGGCGCAGGCCGAUAUCCUCGAGUCUCUUGCUCGGGAUGAAGCUUUGUGGCAAGCCGGUUCGAGUGCGAACGAUAAGGGAGAACAUGCUGGCGAACAACCUCCUCAUUUUCACCCCGAGUUCGGACGAUUUAUGCUCGAGGCCACACCAGGAAGUCCAUGGGGUAUCGGAUUUAAGGAUCUAUUGAAGGUGGAGUCUAAUAUGAAGUGGCGACGAGAGGUUGCGAAAGCACACAUGGCGCCCAACGAAUCUCCUAUCACUAUGACGACUUAUCCACGCCUGGGAACAAAUGACUACACCCAGCCGUAUUAUCCUCCAUCGGGAACGGCUUUUCGCUCGCAGUUCGUCCCCGAUCAGAUUGCCAACCCUCAUAUUAGAUUCCCUACGCUGGCAGCCAACAUUCGAUCUCGGAGAGGGCGCAAGGUUGAAUUGAAUGUGCCUAUCUUCAAGGAUGUGAAUACACCAGUUCCAUUUAAGGAUCCCACCGUCAAUUACGACCUUCAUCUAUGGCCAGAGGACGACGACGUUCGUAAUGGCGCCGCCAAGGACGACCAUGUCUAUAUGGAUGCCAUGGCUUUUGGUAUGGGCAGUUGUUGCUUGCAGAUAACCUUCCAGGCUAAAAAUAUGACUGAGGGCCGAAUGAUGUACGAUCAAUUGAGCCCGCUCGGACCUAUAUUGCUGGCUCUCACGGCUGCAACGCCUAUCUACAAGGGAUUCCUCGUCGACACGGAUGUUCGAUGGAACCAGAUUGGAAAUUCGGUGGACGACAGGACCCGUGAAGAACUUGGCGAAGCUCCCCUCGCAAAUGAUCGGUGGAGUAUUCCCAAGUCUCGAUAUGCAUCGAACUCUACUUAUAUCUCGCAAGACCCUCGUCUACGGAAGGAAUAUCUAGAUCCUGACCUGGUGAUCGACGAGGACAUCAAGAAACGACUAAUGGAUGGUGGUAUGGAUGACCUCCUCGCCACACAUUUUGCGCAUCUCUUCAUUCGCGACCCCUUGGUCAUCUUCUCCGAAGAUCUUGAAAAGCUCGAUCUGAACCAAGGAGACCACUUCGAGAAUCUGCAGUCGACCAAUUGGCAACACAUGCGGUUCAAGCCCCCGCCGUCCGACAAAGAUGACAUUGGCUGGCGAGUUGAAUUCCGGCCGAUGGAAAUUCAAAUAACUGAUUUUGAAAAUGCCGCAUUCUGCAUUUUCCUUGUUCUUAUCACCCGAGCGAUCCUCAGCUUCGAUCUCAAUUUCUACAUCCCCAUUCAGCGAACCACAGAAAACAUGGAGACCGCCCACAAGCGCAACGCCGUUCUUGACAGCAAGUUCUACUUCCGAAAGGACCCCUUUCCUCGUCGGGUCCACAGGUCCAACGGGAAUGGCGCAUCAUCGGGCGCCAACACGCCUCCUCCAUCCCCUCCCCUCAACCCAGUUGAAACGGAGUACGAGUUGAUGACCAUCUCAGAUAUCAUGAAUGGCUCCACCGACGGAUCAUUCCCCGGUCUGAUACCACUGGUGGAAUCCUACCUCAACAGUCUCAACGUAGACGUUGAGACGCGCUGCUCCUUAGCCAGCUACCUCGAUCUCAUCCGCAAGCGAGCAGACGGCACCCUUUGGACUGGCGCACGCUGGAUCCGCGAGUUUGUAGCAAAACAUCCAGCGUACAAGCAAGAUAGCGUGGUCUCCGACGAAAUAAACUACGACCUCGUCAAGGCAGUCGAGGAGAUAACAGCCAAGGAAGGUCGGGAUGGCAGUGUCGGAUGGGAAAUGCUCCGGGGAAAAAAGAACUAA